AUGGUUGUGUUGACUUCGAAAGAAAAAUCAAAUAUGUCUGUCGCUGAUUUUUAUGCGGGGAAGAGUGUUUUUAUUACUGGUGGAACAGGGUUUUUGGGGAAGGUAUUUAUUGAAAAACUGCUGUACAGCUGCCCAGACAUUGAUAAGAUCUACAUGCUGAUCAGAGAGAAAAAGGGGCAAUCUAUUCGAGAGAGGUUGACGAAAAUUGUUGAUGACCCGCUCUUCAAUAGAUUGAAGGACAAGAGACCAGGUGAUUUAGGCAAAAUAGUAUUAAUACCUGGAGAUAUCACUGUUCCCGGAUUAGGAAUAUCAGAAGAAAACGAAACUAUAUUGACAGAAAAGGUGUCAGUGGUCAUUCAUUCAGCAGCCACAGUGAAAUUCAACGAGCCUCUAGCGACCGCGUGGAAUGUCAAUGUGGAAGGUACUCGUAUGAUCAUGGCUCUGAGUCGCAGGAUGAAGAGAAUCGAGGUCUUCAUCCACAUAUCGACAGCAUACACGAAUACAAACAGAGCAGUGAUUGACGAAGUUCUGUAUCCACCGCCAGCAGAUAUCAACGAUGUGCACCAACACGUCAAAAAUGGCGUCACUGAGGAAGAAACAGAGAAGAUACUGAAUGGACGUCCAAAUACAUACACAUUCACGAAGGCGUUAACAGAGCAUCUUGUAGCUGAAAACCAAUCCUAUAUGCCUACUAUCAUCGUCAGACCUUCUAUAGUGGGUGCAAUCAAGGAUGACCCCAUACGAGGCUGGCUGGCGAACUGGUACGGAGCAACUGGUCUCUCAGUCUUUACCGCCAAGGGUCUGAACCGGGUCAUCUACGGACACUCCAAUCACGUGGUGGACCUCAUCCCAGUAGACUAUGUUGCUAAUUUAGUGAUCGUUGCUGGAGCUAAGACCUAUCAUUCGAAUGAAGUGACAAUCUACAAUUCCUGCAGCAGUUCCUGCAACCCCAUCACUAUGAAGAGACUCGUCGGGCUAUUCAUAGACUACACUGUCAAACAUAAGUCUUAUGUAAUGCCACUUCCCGGUUGGUAUGUGUAUAGUAACUACAAGUGGCUGGUGUUCCUCGUCACAGUCAUAUUCCAGGUGAUACCAGCGUAUUUAGGGGAUAUAGGACGGCGCCUGUUAGGAAAAAAUCCAAGGUAUUAUAAGCUGCAAAAUCUGGUCGCGCAAACUCAAGAGGCAGUGCACUUCUUCACAUCUCAUACGUGGGAGAUUAAAUCGAAAAGGACGAGUGAACUAUUCUCAUCUCUUUCUCUCACAGACCAACGCAUGUUUCCAUGUGAUGCAAACAGAAUAGAUUGGACUGACUACAUUACGGAUUAUUGUUCGGGAGUACGACAGUUUUUGGAAAAGAUAAAAUAA